AUGCGACCUACUAUCAAGGCCACUGGUUUAACAACCUGGCUCAUGACCUUACCAUUGCUCGCUGUAGGCCAUCGUUACAUCACACGAGAAAGGACUUUUUACAAAGUUGAUGGAAAGUCGCUUAUCGGCAGCGUAACAGCAGUGAUGGAAGUCAAAGAUUCCUUCGACUGUUCCUAUCUAUGCAUGCAGUAUGGUCCUGUGGCAUGUCUCUCUUUCAACCUGGAAAGAAGUAACAAUAGCAUUCAUACCUGUGAGCUAAGCAGCUCAGAAAAAUAUUUGGAGCCUGAAAAAGUACAAGAAAGAACCGGAUACGAUUACUACGGGAUCAAGUAUUAAAUGGGCUUGAGUGAAAAGUUCGCUUCAGUUAGACAGCAAGAGCAGGAAUCAAAGAAGCACAUGGAAGAGUGAACUAGACGGAUAGUGAAAAUUACCCUUUUCUAGCCUGAUAUAACUCUGACUAUGAUUGGCAGACGCACAUUCUUUCAUUAGAUUCAGAAUUGUCCCUCUCGUCUUUUGCUGAAGUGUUAGAAACUUGAUGUGAGGUUUUCACUCAGAGACACCUAUAGAAUGAACUAGAAAUUCAAAUACUGCAUGGAGUAUAGAAUAUUGCUAAAGCAAUAAAGAGACUGAACAAUUCCUGGAGGAAAGAAGCUUUUAGAGUCCCAGGAAGACCGACGUGCGUUAUUGACCAUUAACACACUCAGCCAAUCAGUCUCCUAAUUCCGCACAGAGCACGAAAUUGUAAAAUCAAAAUGCACAUAAGUAGUAUUUCUCAUAAAAGGCAAAGGCUUACGAGAGAAUUAAAAUAAUUGAUUUAUAAAGGCAAAAUGUAUCGGCUUUUCAAAAUAAAUGCAGAUACAAGAGAAAUUUACACCAGACAUGAACAGCAAGCCUAAAAUUAAAUGCACACGAUUUUCACCGAAUAGCGAUAAUAGCCAUUCAAAAAAUACCCUACCCUCGGACCCUGUCGAGCAGCACCGUAAAGAAGCGGGCUUUUGAGGAGACCCAAAACAAAUAACUCAGGGGUUUCUGCGUAGCGUUUGUUGUGUGCUAAAAGUGGGAAGGUGGUAAGUUCAACGCUGUUAAUUGCAAAUAAAACUCCGACGUUUCGGCAAUGCUGCCCUCAUCAGGAAAAAGAUGUGGGUUCGUUAUAGCGGAAAAUUUGAAAAUUUGAAAAUGCGCGCGUAAAAGCAAGCGAGUGUGCGUGGGCGCAAGUCACGUGAAAACAAAGCGAGUGGGUGCGCGGACAAGUCAUGUGAAAGAGAAAUCUCGAUUGAGUUGACCCUGCGCGAGGGUGCCAAAAUUAUGAAUAAAGCGCAUCUCCUCGCGUCUUCGUUUGUCUUGUUCGGGUAGACCAGCUCUAAUCACGGCUACUUGCAUGUCCUCCAGCUCCGGCAGGGCCACUUUCUUCUUAAUGACGUCCAAACGGUGCUCCCGAAAACGGGCGCCAAGUCUACGGCCUGUCUCUCCUAUGUAAACGACCCCAGGGCAUUUGCGGCACGAAAUACAAUAGACCAGCUGGCUGGUGAUGCACGUAAAAAAUCCUGAGAUUUUGAUCUGCCCAUGUGUAGUGGUAAUGCGGUCAGAGGAGUUAAUUAAGGGAAAGGUCCGGCAGUCACGUCUAUUGCAAGGGAAAGUACCUAUCUGACGUUGGAGAACCUGCGGUAAGGAGCUAUGAACGAGAGGGUCUUUCAGGUUUUUAGCAACGGAAGGCUUUAAGCGGAGGUUUGUCAAACGUGACCUUGGUGCUGUCGUCAUCCCACAGAAAGGUAUCAUUUCGCAGUAGGAUAUUACAGACGGCGGUGUUCUUGGGAUGGUAUGUAAUGACCAGUGGGGGUCGGUCGGCCGCAGUGCAGCCACUACCCGGGGUGCUGACUAAUAGGUCAGCUCUCUGUUUUUCUUCCGCUCGGAGACGUGCUCUUGUAAUUAGGUCAUAGGGGUAGCCACGUUUGACCGCUCGACCGCUUUUGUUUGACCGCUCGAGCGUUCCUAAGAUUCGAUAAAAUACCGGCUAUUUGCGGUAAAAAAGAAGGAAGAAAAAUUAAUAAUUAACUGGACACCAUCGAUUUACAGGUAACUAAAGGCAACCCUAGCAUAUUAUAUGAUGUAUUUUAGUCUCUGAUUAGAUUACACCCCUGCAUCAGUCGUCCAUGUAACUUUGGUGGGACUUGUACUGAGGGUCCUCGAUUGGAUGAAUAUUCAUGCCAAUGCAAGCCAGAAGUCUCAGUUCUUCCAUUCAUCGAUAACAGAUGCAACGUUGGUAAGUUAAAUAUCAGAAUCUUCAAGUCUUCUUAGUCAAACCUUGCGUCUCUGAUGACCGUGGGAAAAUGUACGGUACUACUCAAGUGACAUUUAUUACUACUUUUUCCGCCAUCUUUAUACGCUCAUAAGGACGACUUAAACAAUGAUAACAGUAAAAGCAAAGUCACGUGGUGUCUCAGGCCUGGGCGAGAAGAUCAUGAGAGCUCCCAUGAUAAGCCGGCACUCAAGGUGGAGUUGACAUUUCAUUAUUUCUUUUGGGAUAAUUUUGUUUCAUCUAAAUGAAUGUAUUGCUGGGUUUCUUUAAGAUUUGCGUGAUCUUAUUUCCGUUCACUUUUCAACCAAUUCUCGCUAAGCCUUUUAUUCUCUUUCCUCGUAUUUAGUUUGCGGGUUGCCGGGCUAUCAAGUUUAUUAAUAAAUAUAUAAAUUUAAACAAAGUAACUAUUUUAAAACAGUACAUUAUUUAAGCUACGCCCAAGGAUGCCAGCCUUGAACUUUACUAUGAACUUACUUCAGAAAAGCAAAGAAAAAAAAGAGAGCAAAGUUGAUAUCGAUUAUACUUCUUUUCAGACACGACUAAGAUGUUUUUCGGCCAAACUCCUACUCAAGGAGUGUUUUGGGGUCGAGCAGUCACAAGAUACAACCUGAAUUAUGAAAAUGCCAAACGUUUUUGCGAUCUUCUAGGAGCCCCACUUGCCACUUACAAUCAGCUUUAUACCGCCUGGCAGGCUGGUCUUGAACACUGCUCGUAAGUAACUUUAUUUUAACGUUUAUUUUUUACUUAUUUUCUCUAUGUUAUCUUGUACAUGUGGUCUCCUGAUACAAGAAGAAACUAACUAGAUAUUCAUCCAGGUGCUUAAUAUGAAUAUUCAUUACAAAUUAAUAUGUAACCUCAAUUUAAUUAAAAGAGAUAUAACAAUAAAUUCUGUGACGGAUCCAGACCUUCUUAUAAGUAGUUUGGCUUGGGAAGGUGGGAAGGUGGGAAGGGGGGGAAGGAAAAAAGUAAUUCGAUGCAUGCGCCAAGGUGCCGAGAUACAGCUUGACAGCUAGUUUGCUAUCAAAAAAUAGAAUAUCUUUUUCUAUAAAAGGCACAACGCCAACCGUGAAUUUCCCCGUACUAGCAAAUAGUUUCAGGGCUACUGUACUGGCACCCAACGGGAUUUGUUGACGUGUGUGUUAUAUUCCUCCACCUUUGGCCGCAGUUGGCCCUAAACUUUUUUCAGGUAAAUUGCAAAAAGAAGUCGCGAUGUUUGUUGUUUUUGGUUCUUGAAUAAUGUGAAGGGUCUCACCUACUUUUUUUUCAGUGUUAGAGUCGGCGAGAACCCUGGGAACGAAGUUGUGUCACUUGUAAACUGAUUUUUACUCGUCUAUUUACUUGCAUUCCAGAUGGGGUUGGCUGGCAGAUGGCACUCUUCGCUUUCCAAUGCAAUCAAAGAAAUCUGGUUGCGGUAACAUGAUAGGCUUAGUUGGAAGUUCAUCGCCAAGCAGUAAAUCCACAAAGAAGGACGCUUGGUGCUAUAAACAAGCCUAA